AUGGACUCGUUCUCCAGCAGCGCGACCCAGCUGAAGUCCAUCAACUCGACCACCAAGUACCAUGUUCCCUCUGAGAUUCGCAUUUUGCAGACUGCCGUUGAUGCCUACUUCUACAACAUCAUCGGUCUUUUCCCGGCUACGAGCUCGUACAACGCUCAGGCCAACAACCAGAAGGCUCAGGUGGAUACCCAUUGCUUCCAGGCUGUCUGGGCCUUUGACCUCGGUGAGAGCAGUGGAAACCAGGCUACUCGACGAGCGCGCAGCAACAACUCCCUUCACUCUCGGCGGGUGAAGCGCACUUCGGUGUGA